AUGCAGCGGGAGGUGGGCACGCUGCCGCUGGCCCCUGCCCUGCGCGCACGCCUUGCCACCGCCGGCUUCCAGACGGCGCAGGAGCUGCUGGACACCGGCCCCUGCGGCCUGAGCAAAGAAAUUGGAAUCUCCAGGGAAGAGGCACUGGAAGUGCUGCAGGUGGUGAGGCAGGAAUGUCACGGAGAUGCAGCAAGGACAGCUGGGGCAUCAGGUGCCACCAGGAAAUGCACAGCCCUGGAGCUUCUGGAAGAAGAGCAAGCACAGGGCUUCAUCAUCACCUUCUGUUCAGCACUGGACAACAUCCUGGGAGGUGGAGUACAGCUGACAAAAAUCACUGAGAUCUGCGGAGCACCCGGUGUCGGCAAAACACAGCUGUGCAUGCAGCUGGCAGUGGAUGUCCAGAUCCCAGAGUGCUUUGGAGGCGUUGCUGGAGAAGCUGUGUUCAUUGACACUGAGGGAAGUUUUAUGGUGGACAGAGUAGUGGACAUUGCAGCUGCCUGUGUGCAGCACUGCCACCUUAUUGCUGAGGCUCAGCAAGAAGAGGAUCAUUGGAAAGCUUUGGAGACUUUCUCUCUGGAAAAUAUCCUCUCUCACAUCUAUUACUUCCGUUGUCGUGACUACACAGAGCUGCUGGCCCAGGUCUACCUCCUGCCAGAAUUCCUGUCAGAGCAUUCCAAGGUCCGUCUGGUGGUGAUUGAUGGAAUUGCCUUUCCCUUUCGCCACGACUUUGAGGACCUGUCGCUGCGCACGAGGCUGCUGAACGGGCUGGCACAGCAGCUCAUCAUCAUAGCCAACGACCAUAAAUCAGCUGUAGUUCUGACAAACCAAAUGACAACAAGAAUUGGACAAAGCCAGUCCACACUGGUACCUGCUCUAGGAGAAAGCUGGGGACACGCUGCCACUGUCCGUUUGAUCUUCCACUGGGACAACAGUCAGAGGUUGGCCACGUUGUACAAAUCACCAAGUCAGAAGGAAUCCACCGUAGCCUAUCACAUCACAUCCCAUGGCUUCCGAGAUGUGCAGCCUCCAGCUGUCACUCACAGCGCAGAAGGGACUGAGCUGAACCCUCGGAAACGGCCACGGACAGAGGAGGAGAAGCAACAGUGAUUCCAAAGUGGAAUGUUAAAAACCUGCAGGGGAGCAGUGGCAGAGUGAACACGCAGCCAAAGGCAGCCUGAGAGACUCUCAGCUUCACUUCCUGCUCAGGACUUUAUUUGAAC